UGUACAGAAUUUAUACAAGAAAGAUCUUUACUGGAGACAAUAGAAAUUCAAAAGCGUGAUGAAGAAAUACAACAGCUUAAAGUACAGUUAGCAUCUUAUCAGGAACAGAAGGAAAGUGAAGAGGAAAGUUUUGUAGAAGAAAUUAAGAAAUUACAGUCAGCAACUGAUAAAGAUGAAAUGAGAGAUAAGAUAGUACAAGGUUUGCUAUCACAAAAUGGAAAGUUAAAAGGAAAAUUGUCAGAGGCAACAAAAAUGAUGGAGCAACUGCAAAAAGAAAUGAAACAAAAAGACCAGACUAUGCAGCAAGAACAAGCGGAGAGUAAAAAGGAAAUACAGUUAUUACAAGAGAAAAUAACAGCAAUGAACCUACAACAAAUUGAAAGGGAUAAACAAGGGCAGGAAAAAGAAGGAAAAUUGAUGCUGAAAUUUGAGAAUUUAAUGACAAGCAAAGAUUAUCUUAUAUUUGAAGAUGAUGUUUAUGGUGACAUCACUAUUGACGAUCCAUUGAUUUUAAAAAUUGUCCAAACAUGUCAAUUUCAAAGACUGAAAGAUAUCAAACAAUUAGGUUACAUAUACCAAAACAUGCAAAAGUCAACCUAUUCAAGACUUCAACAUAGCAUUGGAAUGUACUAUCUUGCUGGAGAAUAUGUUAAACAACUUCAACAACGGCAACCUGAGCUGAAUAUUACUGAGUCUGAUGUUUUGUGUGUACAAAUUGCUGCUCUUUGUUAUAACCUGGGUCAUGGUCCUUUCUCUCAUACUUUUGGUUUGUUCCUUGAUGAAAUGUUUAAAUAUGGAAAUAAACCUUGGGAGAAAGUUUCAGAAGCAUCUGUUAUGAUGUUUGAUCAUAUGAUUGAAGAGAAUGAUGAGGUGAAAGUUUUACUGGUGAAGUUUCUGGACAAUUAUGAAGAAGACAUUGCAUUUAUUAAAGAACUUAUACAUGGAACCUAUAAUGUAUGUAAAAUUUAUCAUAAUUAGCAGAACAGUAGUGACACUGAAUAUGGGUGUCUCUGGCAUUUAGUAUCAGGAGCUUAUGGGCAUAUAAGUAUAGGUUAUACUCUAACAUGUUGCAUAUACCAGUUUAUUUUUAAAGUAAAAAUUUUGUAUUUUUUGCUCUGUCGGAAAAAUUAAAAUCACGAAAUUUUUCAUUUCUAUUGCCAUGUGGUGCAGUUUGCAAG